AUGACCACACGGAUGAUACUUGGCACAGCAAAUCACCACCAGCUUAACACGUGUUCAGUGUCAUCUUCACCACCUAUGAGUAGAUUCUUUUAUUCACUUUUGUUAUUGUGUUUUAUUAGCACAUUGAUGAUAACUUCUCAAAUUGUCAUGGGAAAUGAAUUGGAAACUAAUAAUUGUAUUCACCGAUCGGAUCCAGUCUUUCAAACCACUCUCUACAAUCACACAAUGAAGUGGGGAACCUAUCGACCACAAGUAAUAUUCGGAAUGAAAACUAGAAAUCCAAAGUCUGUUAUUACAGGAUUAAUGUGGAACAGAGCAGAUACUUGGGAUGGAGUUAACAAGAUGAGACACAAUAGUAAUAUGGAUUUUAAUAAUGUAGUCUAUGGGUGGAAUAGACAUGAUGGACAAAACUUUGCCAUGCAAACAAUCAAAGAUCACGAAAAUUCUCUUCAAAUCGAAACUAGAAUGAUGAAACAUGUUUCGGAAAAUACAUUUGUUCCUUCUGUUAAUGAAAAGGGGGGUGAUUGGACUGUUAGACUUAUUGGAAAGGAAUUGAAACAAAUGAAAACCAAGCAAGCCAUGUCUGUUUGUUUCUAUAUUGCUCUUGAAAAUGAUGGAGAAGGAUCAUUUAGAAUUUCUGGAAUCCAAGGUUCAAAGAAGCAAGGUCUUCCAUCCAAUCUUCCAGUAAUUAUUAGAGGAAACAGUGGUGACAUUGGAGAUUUUUCCAUGUACUUUACCUCUAAUGAAAAAUCUCAAGUUGAUGAACAUGCAAACUUUUAUUUCUAUGGUGUGAAGAGAACUCCAAGUGAUGUGUGGAAAAUUGGAGAUGAAGUUAAGGAAAUGUUCUCUUCUCAAAUGAAAAAAUCCUUCCAACAAAUGAUUGAAGAUCAACAAGAAAGAAGACAAAAAGGAUUGCCAGAACAAAAAGACUAUCCAAUCCCAAUUGCCACUUUGCCAAACUUUAUUGAGGAAGACAGCAAUAUCCUUGUUAUUCAAAAAUUUUUCUAUGCACCAUUUGAUUUGAAUGUUGCAUUCCUUUCACAUGAGCAACAUCCAGAUAUUUUCUCCAACUUCCAAAUUAAGCAACAUGGUUCAGAUCAUAUCGACAACUUUGAUAACAAUAUUAAGCAACUCAAGACAUGCUUUGAACAAAAGUUCCAAGAAACUUUCAACCUUAAGGAAAAGAACUUGAAAGAAGAUGAAAAAGAAAUGACCAUGUAUGCUCUUUCUAAUCUUGUGGGAGGUAUUGGAUAUUAUUAUGGUGAUUCUUAUCAUCAAAAGGGAAAUCUUCAAGAAAUUAGAACCAUUGAGCCAUAUGCCUUGUUUACUGCCUGUCCAUGUAGAUCAUUCUUCCCUCGUGGAUUCUUGUGGGAUGAAGGUUUCCACUCUCUUCUUAUUCAAAAGUGGAAUAAGCAAAUUGCAAAGGAUAUUAUUAACAAUUGGUUCAAUGUUAUGGAUAAGAGUACUGGAUGGAUUCCAAGAGAACAAAUUCUUGGAGCAGAAGCCAGAACAAGAGUUCCAGAACAAUUCCAAGUCCAACACGAUACUCACGCCAAUCCUCCAAUGCUCUUCCUUGCUGUUUUGGAGUUAUUGAAGAAUCAUGCUAGAAAUCAUCAAAUUGAACUAGAUUUGGAUGCCACACAAAGAGUAGCAUCAUUGUCUGAAUCAGAAGCUAUGGUUUCUUUCCUCAAUCAAGUCUAUCCUAACAUGAAGAAGAAUUAUGAAUGGUAUUUGUCCACACAAAAAGGAAAGAUUCCAAACUCAUACAGAUGGAGAGGUAGAACUCCUGGUCAUACACUUUCUUCUGGUCUUGAUGAUUAUCCAAGAGGUAAUGUUGAACCUAGUGAUGACGAACGUCACUUGGAUUUGUAUUGCUGGAUUUACAUGAUGACAGACACAAUGAACAAGAUUAAUAAUAUUAUUUUCAAGAAGGACGAUCCAGUAUUAGUUGAAAGACUCAAGACUUUGAAAUCCAAUAUCAAGACUCAACAUUACAAUAAGAAUAUUGAAUGGUUUAGUGACUAUGCUGGUAAACCUGUUGGCAAUGAUACUAGACCAGAAUUUUCACCUCACAUUGGUUAUAUUUCACUUUUCCCAUUCCUCUUUGAUGUUCCUGACUUUGAACAAGAACCAAAACUUCUUCAACAUGCCUUGGACACUAUCAUUAGAGAUAAAUUAUGGACCGUGCACGGUUUGACAUCUUUGAGUCAAACUGACCCAAUGUUUGGAACUAAGGAAAAUUACUGGAGAGGCCCUAUUUGGAUUAAUUUGAAUUAUUUGACUUUGAGAGCUCUUCACAAUUGUAAGCAGAAAUCAGCAAGAUGUGGUGAAGUUUAUAAUGCUCUCAGAACCAACAUUAUUCAAACAUUAUAUAACGAAUGGAGAAGAUCUAGAACCCUCUACGAACAAUAUAAUGCUCAAACCGGGAAGGGGCAAGGAGCUCAUCCUUUCACUGGUUGGUCUGCUCUUAUCACUCUCAUCAUGGGAGAAAUAUAUGAAUAAAUGUCAGACAUUUAUUGC